AUGGCGGCGCUCGACGGCAGGCGAUCCUGGAGGAACCAGCUUGGAGCGGACGACUCGCCUGCGAAGAAGGAUAAGCACUAUCGCAAAUAUGCUUCCGCCGUGGAAAGAGCUCUCGCCCUCUUCGAGACCACCCUCCAAGAGUGGGCCGACUACAUUUCGUUUCUUAACCGCCUCCUCAAGGCUCUCCAAUCUCGCCCGCCCUCUAUAAAUGCGAUACCUUCGAAAGCACUCGUCGCCAAACGUCUAGCGCAAUGUCUGAACCCCUCGCUCCCCUCGGGAGUCCACCAAAAGACCCUCGAGGUCUAUAACCACAUCUUUUCCGUCAUCGGAAAAGAAGGCCUGUCGCAGGACCUACCGCUGUACCUCCCAAGCUUGGCCUCGACCCUCUCUUUUGCUUCCCUGUCCGUCAGGACACCUUACCUAGAUCUGCUCGAAGCGCACUUCGUGGGUCUACAUCCAAGAGCGUUGAGACCAGCUAUGAAAUCCAUUGUCCUCGCCCUUCUUCCCGGCCUCGAAGAGGAGACUAGCGAGGAUGAGCAAAUAGCAGGCUCCCACUCAACCGGCGACGACUUCUUCUGGCAAUGCUUCUUCCUUGCGUCCAUCACCGGCCAGACCCGGAGACUGGGCGCCUUGGCCUACUUGACGAGAAACCUCCCAAAACUCGCCGAUGAGGGCAGCCCCGACGCCAAAGGCGAUUCCGAAGUUGCGCGACGGCUCGCCAGCAUCGUGACAUCACCGGAGCCAGGCCUCCUCAUCCGCUGCUUCGCCGCGGGGCUUGGCGACGAACAACUUCUUAUUCAGCGGGGGUAUUUAGACCUUUUGGUGACCCAUCUACCCCUCGACGCCUCCGUACUCCAGUCCAAGGCGAAGCAGACGGAUUUGCAGUUGCUCCUGCGCGCUGCCUCCGGUGUCGUCACCCGCCGGGACAUGAGCUUGAACAGGCGAUUGUGGGCGUGGCUCUUGGGCCCCGAACCUCCUCACGCAGACGGCGAGCUUCCCCUGGAGUCACCUUCUGCGGAUAACCCACAGUACCUGACUUCCAAGACUAGCUAUUUUGAGGAGCAUGGCCUUCAGCCUUUGACCCAGGCGCUUCUUGCCGCCAUCAAUACUACUCAGAAGCAAACCCCCGUCGAGCGGGCGCGUCCCUACCGCGUUUGCCUCUCUCAUGGACAGGUGGGAAAUUGUGUCCGCAGCUAUAAAUCCCAAGCCGGGUCCAAGGCCGAUUUCCACGAGGUCCUGCGAAGCGCCAGUGUCUUCUUUGACGGCGUGGAGAGCGGCCUGAUUUAUGGCGAGAUUGUGAGGCUGCUCGCCGAGGCCGUCGGGCCCGGAGAUGCCUCCUACGCCCAGCGCAUCGAGAAGCUCAAUCUAGUCAACUUCAUCAUCUCAAGCUUCAAUAUUAGAGAGGAGGAAAUGGUGACGAUCCAUGCCCCGCUGGCUGCCCUUUCGAUUCUGUGCAUGCUGGAAAACGCAAAGGACCGCCCACUCAACAUUGCGGUUGCUCUUCUCGACCUCGUCCCGAUGCGAGCCUUUCCCUCCGGCUCGGAGGGGAGAAACGGUAGGAAGUCCAAAUCAGAUACCUCCGCCGCGCCUCUUUCCGACACGGAGGUCCUCAAGCGGAUAAGUGCGUUCUAUGUUGAGGAGCAGGGCGCCGUCGAUAACGCCCCGCUACCUUUCCACGGCUCCGAGGUCGCCGAGCUCCUCUUGCACAAGUCCUCCAAGCUCAGCUACGAAGCUCUUGCCCUGCCGGAGUCGUUUCGAGAUUUGAGCGUUAGGGUCCGGAUUCUCGUUCUUCUCCUUCUCAAAAUCCCCGAGGAAUACGAAUGGGACACCGAGUCCAUCCUCUCCUCGAUCCGCAAGGGUCUCCAGAGCCCUCACCCCCAGAACCGUGAUAUCGAGGCGGCCAUUGCGGGGCUCAUGAUCGAGAAGGAUAUCGGCGGCACGUUUGCCACCCGCCCAUCCGAACCGGGCCGGAGCUUCAGCGUCUUGUGGUCUCACACCCUGCAGGAUAGCCCUUCGCAUAUGGAGCGGAGAGGGUCCAAAACCCCCAUUACGGAGCACAAGCUCUUCGCGAUGCCGCGACUUGCCGGGCUCGAUCACUACGACGUAAUGCUGACCCAACCCCUUUUCCUCAUGCUCGACGCCCUUCUCGACGAGCGGACCCAGCUCUUUAUGGCUGCAAAGGCCUGGCUUAGCACAAUGGUCGGAAUCGACCGGCUACUUCUUGUCUUCAUCUCCAAGUUCAUCGAUACGCCGUUCCUUCAGUCACAAAGGCUCACAACUGACGGCCCAACGACCGCCUCUAUACAAAUGACGGACGAUGACGACCUCGAUAUCUGCUUGUAUCAGCUUAGGACUCUGUCAAAUGUUCUACGGUGGGCGCCUGAAAGUGUCUGGGCUGUUCUAGACUUGACAACGGUGCCCGAUGAAUCGGGACGCCCAGACGCCUCGAAAAUUACCGGAACAGAGGUAGAAACCUCGAUGCAGCAAAUCUUUGCCCAGGUUUGCCUCAGAUGUAUCUCUCUCCGCACCAGUGCCGAGAACUCGGCUCUCGCGGCCCAGACGUCUCAGCUCGCUCGGAUAGCCUUGACGGUGCUUCACCAGAUUCUGCUCAAUCCAUAUGCCCCUCGUCUCUCACUUCCCGAUAUCGAAGAAGUCCUUAUCGAUCGCCUUAUUGAGUCUUUGAAUGGCCCUGAUCCGUACAUUCAAAUCCUUCUCCUAGAUGUUGUGUAUGCAUCGCUCAAGCUACACCCGACCGCCGCUCCGGAGCAACCGGCGUCGCCGAGCUCCGAGAAGCGUUCGGUUAUCCUCGACCCCAGCAAACGCGUGCCACUCCCCAUUGCUACUGAUCCUCCGUCACACACCAAACCUCCUCCCCCAUCUCUCCUAAAAUGCCUUCGGGCUGGCCUGAGUUCCCCGAGUAGCCGACCAGUCCUAGAGAGUUGGAUUGGAUUCCUUACCGAGUGCUUGUCCAUGUACUCGGAUGCCCUCUUCCAAAUUCUCAUCCCUCUCGUCGAGACUUUGUGCAGCCAGAUCGACGGGAGUUUUAGGGCGUUGCGUGGCAUGUUUAGGCAAAGCGCAAGCUCGGCCAGGACCGAAUCAAGCGGCCCCGAGUCCACACUCAUCUCGCUCCUCAACGGCCUAGAAGAAGUCCUUGCCAGCGCGCACGCUCGGCUUCUGAUAGAAGAAGCGCGGGCGCAGGCGGUGAAGACGCCGGACCAGCAGCAGAGCUUCUUUGGGAACAUGGUGUCGGGAGUGUUUGCGUCGGACACGCAUCAUUCUCGGAGCGCCACGGCGAAUGACCGUCUGACUGUUCACCUCGCUUUUCAGGACGCCAUCCGCAUGUGCUUCACCAUAUGGCAUUGGGGCCAAGGUGACGAGGCCAAGUUGCUCGACCCUUCAUCCGCAGCGUCCUUCAACUACACCUCGUUGCGGAUGAGGAAUAGGGCGCGCCGCCUGCUUGAGCACCUAUUCGCCGCCGAGACCUUGGAGUGCCUGGAAACUCUUGUUGGUAUUUGGUGUCGGUCCUACAGCGAGCCCACCGAGGAAGCCGCGGGGGUCUUCAAGCUUUUAGCCGCGUUGGACGGAUCCCGACCCAAGAGCACUAUCCCCGCCAUCUUCAAUGCCAUCUACAGCCGCACGAACCCAUCCGUUCUCGAGGCGUCCCGCAUGUCAACGCUGACCAUAGAUCUCCAGGACACUGACCUCGUCAUCUUCUUGGUCGACUACACGAGGUCGCUGGACGAUGACGCCAUGGAUGAGAUAUGGGCCGACUGCGUGACUUUCUUAAGGGAUCUCUUGGCAAAUCCUUUCCCGCAUCGCCAGACACUUCCGUCACUCUUGGAGUUUGCAGCAAUCCUGGGCGAGAAGGUUGACAAUACAAACUUUGGGGAGCAGAGAAAGAUGCGUCGCGAACUUGGGGACAUCUUCCUCCGUCUGUUGACAGCGCUCUUUACCACCCGUCCGGUUACCUUUUCCGAGUCCAGCAGCCUUUCCGAGAAGACCAAGGCUGAUAUACCGCAUAUCCCGACGCCAGCGGAGCGAGCAGACGACGUUGUUGGUAUCCUGUCAACCAUUGUUCCCAACUUGCCCAAGAUUCUUGUUGAGUCGGAUAGGGUCCUCUCAGCAGCCACGACAAUAUCGUCGAACGCCAUUGGCCCUGCCAUACGCUCCAAGAAUUUCCCGGAUACGGUGACCAAGAGCACGCUCAACCUCUUCUACGAGCUUUCCAAAGUUCCUAACAACCAAAAGGCCUCGAAGAAGGACAUUGGCGACGCCUUCAACGACGCCAAGUUCUUCUCGUCUGAUUUACGGCUCGUACAGAGUGAUUGGUUACCGCUCCUCAGGCAGUGGGUGGUUAGCGACAAGGAAAGGCUGCCCGAGAUUCUCGGGCGCAUCAGCCCUCCCACAACCGCGGGGAUAGUGUUCGGCGUCGGUGCGACUUCGGCCCGGUUAGAAGCGGACCGGAAGACGCAGCUGAAUCUCCGCCGCAUUGCGACGCUUAUUUUAGCGACGCCGGAAGAUGCCUUCGCUUCCGACCUAGCGGUAAUCUCGGAGAAGUUGACGGAGCUCCUCGGCGCGACAGCAACCUCGUCGCCAUCAUCCACUACACGUGCGGAGGUCUACAUGGUGAUAAGGGCCUUGGUUCUCAAAACAAGCGCCAUCCACCUGGCUAUGCUCUGGCCAGUCGUUAAUGCAGAAUUGCACUCCGCCAUCUCGUCCGUUGUCGCCCCCGACCACAGUGCCGCCUCGGAGACAUACAUGAACGCAUCGGUGCUCCAAGCAUGUAAGCUGCUGGAUCUUCUCAUCUGCGUUGCCCCAGAUGAUUUCCAGCUUCACGAAUGGCUGUUCGUUACGGACACAAUUGAAGCAGUAUAUCGGGUCCGUUUCCCUCAGCUCCGGCCUCGAAACGGGUUCAGCGGCUCAAAUGGCCGUGAACAACCUUCAACGCCGGCCGCUUCUGGGACCGGGGGAAUCAGCGACGAGGUGGGCUUGGAGAGGAGAGACGAAUUGGUGGCCAAGGUGCUCCGCCCGUUCUUUGGGCAGCUCAGCAUCUUUGCGUUUGAGUCUACGUACGCCAUGGGGGCGCUCGAUCGUGAGCGCUGCGUGGAGGGACUGUUGAGAGAUCUAUUUGACGAAAAGAUGAUUGUCAAGGGGCUUUAG